AUGCCACUGUUCGGCCUGCUCUGGGUGUUCCUGGCCUUCACCUUCUCUGGAUCCAGUCUGGCCCAGAAAGUAACUCGAGUCCAGACAGCUGUAUCCAGUAGAGUGGGGCAGAUAGUCACCCUGAAUUGUCUAUAUGAAUUAAGUUGGACCAUGGACUACUACUACAUUUUUUGGUGUAAACAGCUUCCCAGUGGAGAGAUGAAUUUCCUUAUUCAUCAGUAUUCAGAACACCUGAAUGCAAGGAAUGGCCGCUACUCUGUAAACUUCCAGAAAGCAGAUAAAUCCAUCAGCCUCAUCAUUUCAGCCUUACAGCUCGAAGACUCUGCAAAGUACUUCUGUGCUCUCUGGGAGCUCACAGUGCUUGAAUGGUAUAAGCAGAGGCCUGGGGACAGUCCUGUCCUCUUGAUGAUAUUAGGUAAGGGUGGAGAAGUAAAGACGCAGCAGAGACUGACAUUUCGGUUUGGAGAAUCCAGACAGCACAGUUCCCUGCCCCUCAUGGCCGCCCAGCCCUCAGAUGUAGGAACCUACUUCUGUGCCCAGAAACAGUGCUCUGGAAGCACCUGCUCUCUGUCCCCAAACCUCACUGUGGGCUCCAGGGUCCACCCCUCCUCAACUCCCCUCAGAGCAGGGGCAGAGAAAGCUGAAGUCAUGAUGUCUACGAAGAAACUGAAUUUUUAA